CUGCCUGAAACACAACGCAUGUCUGACGUGGCGUGAAAUAGAGCUGAAUCCUCGCAUUACAGCCAGCACUGGCAUGUCAAGGCAUUGACUACAAGACGGAACAAGCCAUAACGGUGAUAGCGGGCCGAUAAAAGUAACCAAGUGUUUAAUCAGAAACUUGAGUCUUCUUCCUCCUCUCGUAGCAAUGGCUCCUUGUGCCGUCGUUAGGGUUUACUCUACUAUCACUCCCGCUUCUCCUUCGGAGGCUUCCGUAAAGAAAGUUGGUACUCACAAUGGAAGCUUUCACUGUGACGAGGCUCUCGGUUGCUUCAUGAUCCGCCUCUCCGAUAAAUUCUCCGGCGCCGAUAUCGUCCGUACUCGUGACCCUAAGAUAUUGGGAGAGCUUGAUGCAGUGCUUGACGUUGGAGGUGUUUAUGACCCCGACCAUGACCGCUAUGAUCAUCACCAGAAAGGCUUCCAAGAGGUGUUUGGACAUGGUUUCAACACCAAACUCAGCAGUGCCGGUCUCGUUUACAAGCAUUUUGGAAAGGAGAUCAUUGCUAAGGAACUUAACGUCGACCAAGAUCACCCUGAUGUCCUUCGCUUGUUUCUUGCUGUCUACAAGAGCUUCAUGGAGGCGAUUGAUGCUGUGGACAAUGGAGUUAAUCGGUAUGAUACAGAUCAGCCUCCAAGAUAUGUGAACAACACACAUUUGUCUUCGAGGGUUGGAAGAUUGAAUCUUGAUUGGAUUGACCCUGACCAGUCACAGGAUAAGGAGAAUGAGGCUUUCCAGCUUGCCAUGGCUCUUGCUGGCAAAGAGUUCCUCGAUAGUGUAAGAUUUCAUGCAAGGUCGUGGUUACCGGCUCGAUCGAUCGUGAUGCAGUGUCUUGAAGAAAGGUUCAAGACUGACCCUAGUGGCGAGAUCAUGGAACUCAAAAAUUUCUGUCCUUGGAAGCUUCAUUUGUUCGAGCUUGAGCAAGAGAUGAAGAUCGAACCCCUCAUCAAAUACGUCAUAUAUCAGGACGAGCGAGGAAAGCAGUGGAGAGUUCAAGCAGUGGCGGUGGCACCAGACAGGUUUGAGAACCGAAAGGCUCUUCCUGAGCAAUGGAGAGGCCUUAGAGACGAGGAACUCUCCAAAGCUGCUGAGAUCCCCGGUUGCGUUUUUGUCCACAUGAGCGGCUUUAUUGGGGGAAACCAGUCCUAUGAUGGCGCUUUGUCCAUGGCUCGAACUGCCCUCACUCUCUAAUUCAGUGCAUCUUCUUUGGUACCAGAAGAAUCCUUUGCCGAUUCUUAACCGAUAGAGAGAGUUUAACAAUGCUUCAUUAUGUUGUACGAUUUCUGUUUUCAAUUGAGUGACCAUUUCGUGAUUUGUUUUGUCGGAUGGAAUCGUAUUUCAAUAGAUUUUGAAUUCUUGUUUCAUAAUUUGUAGAAGAAUUAUGAGUAGAUGAUUGUAUGCCCACACAGUUUUGUUUAGUUAUUAUUUUUCCCAUAA